AUGAUCCAGAUGUUGGAACUGUCAUACAGGGACUUUGAAAUUACAGUGAUUGCUAUGUUAAAAGUAUCUGGUGAAAGGUGGACAACACCAGUGAAGAGUCAGGAGAAUUCACCAGAGCAAUGGAAAUUAUUGGGGAAAAAAAGAUACCACUUCACACAUCAUGUGAGGCCCUUUAAGCUAAAAAAGCUGAGUGAAGACAGUCUGACUAAGCAGCCUGAAGAAGUUUUUGAUGUAUUAGAGAAACUUGGAGAAGGGUCUUACGGAAGUGUAUUUAAAGCAAUACAUAAGGAAUCUGGUCAGGUUGUGGCAAUUAAACAAGUACCUGUUGAGUCGGAUCUUCAGGAAAUAAUCAAAGAAAUUUCCAUAAUGCAACAAUGUGACAGGUAUGAAGAGAUCUUAUUUCUUAAUGUCUGCCCACUGACCAUUUUCACAGUAGAGUAUCAGUUCUCUUUCUCUUCAGAUCAAGGGAUUAUAAGCAGCGUGUAUAUAUGUAUAUUUACAUAUGGUUUAACAGAAGAUGAAAUUGCAACUAUUCUUAAAUCUACUUUGAAAGGACUAGAAUAUUUGCACUUCAUGAGAAAAAUACACAGAGAUAUAAAAGCUGGAAAUAUUCUCCUCAAUACAGAAGGACAUGCAAAAUUGGCUGAUUUUGGAGUGGCUGGUCAGUUAACCGAUACAAUGGCAAAACGCAACACUGUGAUAGGAACUCCGUUUUGGAUGGCUCCUGAGGUUAUUCAAGAAAUAGGCUAUAACUGUGUGGCUGACAUCUGGUCCCUUGGCAUUACUUCUAUAGAAAUGGCUGAAGGAAAACCACCUUAUGCUGAUAUACAUCCAAUGAGGGUAAGAAAAUGAUGGUUUGCUAAAAAUGUUGAUGUUAUAUAAAUUUUGCAUUUUUGUAAUGUGAGUGUAAAUAAAUAAAUACAAAUUAAAUAAGUUGAUUUGGAUUUAGGUUCUGUGCAAAAAACAGUAAAAUUAUCUGUUAAAGGUUAGCAAUAUUAACUUUUCUCCCCCCACAUCCUUAAUUGUGAGAAAAGAAGUGAAGGCUAUAUGUCCCUCUACAGUCACCAUUUUCCUCCCCCCAAACUAUAUGUGUAAAAUAUUCCCUUGCUUUUCAGUAGAAGAAAGGGUUGGUAAAUCCACUAUAUUCUUUAAUCCAUCCAUUGUUUUCUCAGUGCAGCAGUAGAGGCCUUGGAAAAAUCAUUUCUCACUUUUCUACCCACCCUGUGGAUUCUACCUUUCUGUGUUUUUGGUUUUCCUUUUUUUCUUCUCUCAUCUGAAAUUAAUAUUUAAAAAUCAUGAUUUCUAGUAUUGCUAUGUACCUGUAAGCAUAUUAACCUUAUUUCUUUAGUUGUCUUAGUGAGAAACUGGAAUUCCUUUUUUGAACAUUAUUAUACACUUCUGUGAACUCCCUUUUCCAGGAUGAUUUUUUUGAGUUUGAAGUAUGUACCUUACAUAUUCAAGUCUAAUUGCCUGUGCUUCAGGAUUUGUGAUGAUACAGUUCUUAGGUUUUUUCAUAUGUGAAUCUCAAUUCAUUAUUGAUAAGUACAUCUGUGUUUGUGAACUUAUUGCCCUCUAGUGGCUGGAAUCACCUCAAGAAGAAAAGAUAGAAUGAAGAGAGAGAGAGAAAGAGAGAGAGAGAGAGAGAGAGAGAGAGAGAGAGUGAGUGUGUGUGUAUAGAGAAGAAAACAUGGCGUCAGGCUGACUGGAGAAAUGUGUGAAGUAAAUAGAUGGGAGGAAAGAGAAUGUAGUAUUUUGGAACAUCUGAAGAAGAAUAAAUUGGAAUUAAUUUCUGAUAUACAGUAUUGUGGAUUGAAUUUCAAUAAUAUAAGUAAUAGUGUACUGUGCUGAAAAUAUUUAAAAGUCUGUCUCCCACUUUAAAGAGAAUUCUUCGAGUAAUAAAAUUAUAUAUAAUAUGUAUCAUCUUCCUGGUGUAUAUUAAUUUCUUUUAAGAUGAAAAAUAAAAAUGACAUGAAUUGUUCGUUUGCAAAAUAAUAAAAAAUGACAAGGUCAGCAUAAAACCAGCAACACAGAUUCUCAUUUCUUUUCUGAUUAUUAGUUAUCUUUAGUACUUUUAGUUAUGAUGUUUUUAGGGUGAUCCUCAAACUAGGUGUAUUUGAAUUUGAGUUAAUGAGGUUAACUGAAUUACCCAAGGCAACCUAGCCAGGUGCCAGAGCUGAGAUUUAACCUAUGACUUAGAUUAUUACUGUUCUGUUUCCUCCUUGUGUAGAUCUUAUUUUUCUAACCACAAAGAUUAACAUAUUAAAUUUGACCCUGAAGUCUGUCUGAUAAUAAAUAAUUGUAAUAUGUGGUUCCUGACUUCUAGGAUCUUAAAGUAUCAUUUGGCAGUUUGAAUUAACACAUGUGAAAUAGCAAAAAUAUACUUGAAGACAGUAUUUCUCUUUAAAAUUCUGUCUAUCAAUCAUCGGUCUAUCUCACUUUUUUCCUACCAGUCUAAAUCCUACUCAUUCAAGUCUCAGCUCAGAUAUUAUUUCUAUAUAGAGCCUUCCUUGGUAGCCACCACCUAAGUAAAUUUCUUGUUUUCCUCAUAAUUUGUAUAUAGGCAAUUCUGGGCUCUGCAAGUUCUUUGGACAGUUUAUCAAGUGUCACCUUGUGCAUUUCCAAACAGUAUGGUUUUAAGUUGCUACUUAAAUUAUGUUAUCAUUAUUUAACUUUUCUCAUGUUUGUGAACUGCUUUGUACAAAUGAGAGUAUGAACUGCAAGUACUGAGAAGCUGUUAAGGUCACGUGGUGGGUACAAGUUUUCCAAAGCUUGCAUUUUAUCAUUGGCGGCAAAUACGAUAGUUUCCUUGAAAUGACAGAUUCACACGGUUCAUUUUUGAGAAAAUGUCAGUCCUGUGUCCAAGUCUGAAUUGCCAUCGCUUGUCUGUCAGUUGUUCCUUAGUAACAAGUUGCAGCUUGUUUGGCUUGCAGUUCUGUCACACAAGUGCUUUUCCUCUAGAUAAUCACCGUUCUUCUGUAUGCGAGGCAAGUGCUUUGUGUGCAUUUCUCAUUUUGUCAUAAAGAAUAUUAAAAAGGUAUGUAUUCAAGGGUAGAAUUUUGAUAAAAUUAAUAGUAUUUACUGCUCAUCAAAGUUUAGUUUGGUGGGAGGUUGGGUGGGAGGAAAAAAGAAAGAGCUGUCCAAGAGAGAAAAAAGGAUUGUUGAGGACACAGCCAAAGUUGGAAAGUGAGAAUUGUAUUGUCACCAAUACAGUUCUUUGCUCUAGCCUUGCUCUAGCAGUGCUCAGCAGUGGAGCACAGCACAUUAUGGCCUUGAGCUCAGGUUUGAGGUGAAAUGAAUGAGUGUCUCGGAACGAUGGGGCUCCAGGGCAUUGAAGGAUGCUGUUGAGAGAGUUGUUCUGGUGGUUACAAUGGGGUAUAACCUGAAGAGAGAGGAGAGGGUAUAGGAAAUGAACGGAUCAGGGAGCUAGACAGUGUUUUUCACACUUCCUACAUAGCCGUUACCUGGAGAGCUUUGAAAAAAUACUGAUGCCUGGGCCCUGACCCAAACCGAUUAUUUCAGAAUCUCGGUGUUAUUUUCAGUGAGGUUAGAGAGCCAGUAAAGCUGUAGUUAAGGUAUAAGAGAAUUGGCUGUAUAUGAAACUCAGAUUAGUGAGUAAAAUAGUGAAGUUUCCUUUUUUUUAGAGAGAGAGCAUGUGAGUGCUUGUGAGUGGGGGAGUGGCAGGGGGAGGGAGAGAGAGAAAAAAUCUCAAGCUGAGUGUAGAGCCCGACUUGGGGCUUGGUACCAUGACCCUGGGAUCACGACCUGAACUGAAAUCAAGAGUCAGACGCUCAAUUGACAGAGCCACCCAGGCAUCCCUGAAGUUUUCUGUUUUUAAUUAAACAAUUUUCUCACUUUAACCACUCUGUGAAAUAAUUAUGUUUUUUAAGUUUAUUUAUUUUGAGAGAGAGAAAGUGCAAGUGGGGGAAGGGCAGGGAGAGAGUGAGAGAGAAUUCCAAGCAGGUUCCAUGCUGUCUGCUCAAAGCCUGACAUGGGGCUUAAUCCCACAGAAUGUGAGAUCAUGACCUGAGCCCAAGUCAAUGCCCACUGACUGAGCCACCCAGGAGCCCCAAAAUACAUAUUUUAAUCUCCAUUUUAAUGAGUGGAUUGGGUGAAAUGGAUACUUAAAGAAUUACGUUUUUUGUUAAGAUGAUACAGCUUAUAAAUGGCAGAACUGAGAGAUGAAUUCAUGCUAGUCCAUUUCUUGCCUUGACAAAAAAGAAAUAUCUUUUGUGUUUAUAUGUCAACUCUAUGCAGAUGAAGGAGUGGCUAGCAAAAAUAAAAAUCAGCAAACAUUUUAAUUUCAUAAUUAUAAUUAUUAUUUUAAAAUAGGAACCUUCUAAAUUUUUCAGAGUGGGAAGAAAUACGGGCAAAUUUUUCAUGUUCCCUGCCAUUUUUUUUUUUUUUUUUGUAGCAAUGUUGGCUUAUGAGAUUACCAAUAGUUUAUAAAGUUGUCACAGUGGAAUGAGGAUGUGAGUGAUGGAAAGACCACUACAACAGAUGGAGGCAAAGAAUGCUAGUUCUUUUAAGAUAAGUAAAGGAUAGUAUAUAAUUUACUGCAUUUAGUUGGCUAUCUGGAACAGGACGCUAGUUAGGAUGUGGUAGGCCAGCUUCCCUAGCCUCCACAUCCUAGUCCUUCUGCAAUUCCCUUUGGCUUUUGUUACAAGAUGAUAGCCCUUCCCACUAUGCCUACCCUCUAGAGGUAUGUCAUAGGAACAAGGAGGCUGACUGGGUGAACCGGGUGUUGGUUUCCUAGUCUUAUUCUCAGACAUACCGUCCUUCUAGUAUGCCCAGGCUCCAGGCAGCCUGCUUGAGACCCAGGUCGUGCUUGCUUCAGCCAGCAAAAAUUCGGGUCAAGAAGAGAUGCAUCCAUUUUUGAUAAUUUAGAAUGGAGUUGCUCCUGCCUAAAUAGCCACAAAUUAAUAUUGUGGCUUUCACUGAUUAAGCUUUUUGUAGGACAUAUGUUUUGAGUGUCAUAGCCUGAGGGAUAUGAAGAACUUAAAGAUGGCACUAAAUUAGAAAGUGAAAGUGAUCAAAUUGGAACUUGAUAGUGAAUUGAAAAUGGGUCUUUUGAAGGUGUUAAGGCUGAGGUCAUUUGUUUUAUACACUUUGGUUUAUCAUUGGUCAAAGAUUGGUGCUUAUCUUUAAUCAUUCCUCAGGGAGAAUAAGAAGUAUUGGGGAUAUAGAUAUUCAUGGAGGAAUUUCCUAAUAAAAAGAGCUACUAAAAACACUGGAUUUGUUUGAUGGCAAGGGAUACUAAUUUGUUAGUUUUUAUACAGCUUGCUUUCUCUCUCUUUUUAAAAGAGAAACUUGUAGUGUGUACAGAUUAUAUCUUUGCUGUGGUAAGAGUAAUAAUUACCUGUCUAGUAAAAGGCAAUGAUGAAAUCACAUUAAAACAUGGAAAGCUUUGUAAAUAGGAAAAGGAUGAAAAUGUGGUUAUAAAUUUACAUCCAGCAAAUAGAUUAAAAUUAAGCAGUAAUGACAGAUUAAGGAAUAACAACAGAUGGAAGUAAAACUCAAAAUGUUAAAUGAAACAAGUUUUAUCAAAAUCCAGUUUAUUUUAAAAAGUUAAAUAUAAAGAAACUGAAUCAAUUUUGGUCAGUUAAAUAAACAAAGGGAUUUAAAAUUUUAAUUUUGAAUUUGGUUAACCACAUACUUCUUUGGAGAUCUACCUCUUUCUCAGCUCUCUAGGAAAUAUAAUUACCAAAUAAUCAGGAAAUGAGUGAAUAGUAUUAUUUUUUAAAUGUCUGUCCCUGUACCCCACUACUAAACCCAGGCACUUUGUUUCACAGACAUCACUAAGACCCUGUUGAUUCUUUUAAAUACAGUUUUGGUGUUGAUUUCUUUUGUUUUACAGUCUUUUGAGUUUGAUUACCCAUUGCUUGGCAUAGAGAAAGGGGUAAGGACAGAAGUGUUUGAGUCAGACUAAGAACUGUUUGAGAGAGCAAGUACUGUGACUGAAGAUAGCUUGGCAUCAACUGAAGGAAAGAAGAUAAAAAUCAAACUAAGAAUUGUACUGCUACACAACACAAUAUGAAUGUUUAUUACCUUUUAAAGAUAAAAUAUAGACAUAUAUUGUAUAUUUUAGGAAGACUUGUCAAAUGUGACUUGAGACAAUUGGAGGCAUUUAAAUGGCAGUUUUCAGGAAAUUCAACUUAUAUACAGCUUGACAAUCUGUUUAAGAGUAAAUUAGGAAUUACUUUAGACUAAAAAAAGAUCUCUCUUUGUCUCUCCGUCUGUCUCCCUAUAUCCUUACAUCACUUACUUAUGAAGAAAAGAACCCUGUAGAUAAUUUCAACACGGAAAAGGUACUUUUGACGAAUGUUUUUGAAAAUGAUGUUAUCUUUCUUUCCUUAACCUUGCUGUUUUUUACAACUUGCCUCUUUACUCCUACCCCUUUUGGGGAAAUAGUGCGUUUUAAUAUGUGAAAUAAAUGAUCCAGUACAUGCAAAGUAAACACAGACAUUAGGAAAAAAAUCACCCUCUAUACUGCAUAUUAAAAAACAAAACACACAGUAGCUUGCCCCUAUCUCAAAUCACAUGGCACUACUACUUUUACAAGUAUACUCCAGGUAUACUCCUGAUCCAACAAGAUUUCUUAAAAAAAAAAAAAAAAAGAUAUUAAAUCUCCAUCAAAGGAGUGAAACUGAGUUAUCCAUUUUUUAGAAAUAAAAAUGAAUCAAUGACCUCCUUCCUGUCUAAUUAAUGAUCAAAUUUGGCUGAACUCUAGAAGACUAGGCUUGAGGAGGGGUUGUAGUUGAGUAGUGCCCCACCUGGCAUAUUUACACAUCUGCCCUCUCCCAGUCCCUACUGUAUAUGGCUCAGUAGAUAGCUGGCCCGUCUUAGUGUGGGGUGCAGGCACUGCCUCUUGGAAGAUUCCCUAUAGGCAUUUAACAUGACGAGCAAA